AUGGCGCGCCCCAACGCGCGCAGCACGAACCUCACGCACGAACAGAAGCGGCUCAUCUGUCUGCACGCGCGGCAGUUUCCCAAGACGACGCAGGCGCAGCUCGGCCAUUGGGCCAAGAACCAGUUCACGCUCGAUUAUGUGCCGUCCCAAGCCGCCAUGAGUUACAUGCUCAAGAAACGCGCGCAGUUUGAGCUCGUGUCAGGCGAAGGGCGCGACUACAAGAAGCUGCGGACGGUCAAGUGUCCCGAGGUGGACUCUGCGCUGGCUGAUUGGUUCCUGUAUUGCCAAGCCCGAAGACUCAAGCUCCCAGGAGACCUCGUGCGUCAUAAAGCGCGCGUGUUUUACGAGCUGCUCGCGCCGCAGCUGGCCGAUAGCGUGACGAGCUCACCGCCGCAGUUCUCCAAUGGAUGGAUGCAUUCGUUCAUGGGCCGACAUGGCUUCUCGCUUGGAGGAGGCAAAGGCAGCAAAGGACGGACGGCUCAAGUGGAGCAGGAAGAAGCUGAUGGCAAGCCGAAGUUUGCCCCGGAGACGUCGGUCAUCUCGACGCCGGACCAUGUCAAAGCUGCAAUUGCAGGCGUGUUACCUGAGAACGUCUACUGGCUGCAUGAGACGCGGCUGUUCUACGCUAGGAGUCCAGACAGACAGGUGUUGCCAUCGAACCAUCACCCGGAGAAGAAGUUGACAAUGUUGCUGGCUCUCAAUGCGGACGGCAGUGAUCGACUCAACCCUUUUUUCGUCGGUCCGCAUCCAUUGCCGACCGAUUCCAGUGUCGAGUCGGAAGACCGGAUGUACCAAUUUGCCUGCAACCAUAAAGCGUGGGUGCCGCCGACGUUGCUACGAAGUUGGUUCAUGGCAUUGGACUGGCGCAUGCGCGUGACGAAUCGCCAGAUCGUACUCAUUGUCGACUCGAUGGCUGCUAUGUGCGUGCAGAAGGUGUCGCUAUCGAACGUGACGUUGCAUUUCGUGGAACGGAACCAUGCUGGAGAGCUGUGUGUUCGAGCUCUCGAGACGGGCAUUGUAACCGCUGUCAAGCGCCGUUAUCGUCACCGGCUCUUGGACUACGCGCUGGAUCGGAGAGAUGAAGGACAGGCUGAUAUAUAUGAUAUCCCACUGCUGAAGGUGGUCGAGUGGGUGGCUCAAUGCUGGCAGCAAGUUCCGCGGUCGCGCAUAAUGGCCAGCUUUGCGCACUUGGGUGUGAAUGUGACUGGAGAGACCGGAGCUGCCAUUGUGCCCGAUGACCGCACAGAUGACAAGCUCGAUGCGCAGAUUCAAGCGUUGCUCAAGCGGCUGAAACUCGUCAGUCCAAUGCGGUUGAUUGAAGUCGUAGCACCGAGUUCGGAGAAGAUGUUUGACGAGAACCUGACGGAUGCCGAUUUUGCCGACUCGGCAUUGAAUGCCUCGCACGGCACAGUGAGUAUGCAACUGAGCUCGGACGAUCUCAGUCGCCGUACCGUCAUGCAAGAGGCAGUACCUGACGACCCUUCGGCGGAGGACGUUUCACCGCCACUCGAUACACCGACGGCAUUAUCGUGUCCAGCUGCAUCUCGAUCCAAAGCUGCGAGCAACGGCAGUACUGACUACCCGGGCUUUGAUCAGGGAUAUCCUGGCUCCCUGGACGAUACGUGGCUAUCGUGGAACGCAUCGCAACGUACUACGACUGCUGCUGUUCGUCCUUCCGCUGGUGACGUCGAAGCCGUGCGGACAACAAUCCGGUUAGCGACUGAGAUGAACUGUGACCCGGCAGUGAUGCUGGAGCUCAAUCGGAUCCAGGCAGAAGUGGCCACCCGCGAUGCAAGCGCUCGUUCUUCUUCUACGCCAUUGGCCGCCAAGACCACACGGAAUGCUAGUAUCUGCCAAUUCCGCUUUGGAGCGCCGACCCGGCGCUUGGUCUGA